UUCUGUGGGGGUAAUGUGUCUGGCAUUUUAGUCAGUUUUCUAUGCUGAUUCAGGGGAUUAUGAGACCUACUCAGGUUUAUUUUCUCAUGAGAUGUAGUCAGUUCUAGGCAGAUUCAGUUUAGUGUGUUUUUCCUGGGAGGACAUUCAGUGUAUGUAUUGUUAUCUUUUUUCUCAGCAGCAGUCAGGGAGAAUUCCUCCAAUAUGUUAUGCCAUAUAAUAGUAUAACAAGCAGUAACGCAGGGGGGCGAUGCAGGGGGAUAGUGGCUUCACGAUCCUCAGGUUAUUCAGUAUAUGUGUUUGUUACCUUUUUUUCUCAGCAGUAGCAAGGAGGGAGCUCGCACAUUAUAUGUGCUUCAAGAUCUUAGUGAAUGCUUCUAAUGGCAGCCAAUUACUUUGUAUUCUUUUUUUUAGAGGAUGGGUUUGCUGCAGGACACGAAGAUGUCUGCACUUUCUUGUUUGAUAUGUUUCUGCAGUGUCCUCUGAAUGUUUUUUAUGUGAACUUUUCUUUCAAGGGGUGUUACUAUUUGAUUAGUACUUAAUCGUUUCAAGGGGUGUUUAUGUGGUUCUGUUGGCCUUAUUUUUUGGCUGUUCAUUACCUCUGCUGCUAGGAAAUCCUCCAUUUUACAUUCCAUCCAUCUGCUACAUAACAUGUGAUUUUUGUUUCUGCAGAAGAUCUGGGGACUCUACGGCUCAGGGGUCAUCGAGCGGUGGCUACCAACCCAACUACGACCCUGAUGUAGCCACCCAACUACGACCCUGCUGUCGGUCCGUCCAAUAGCGACAGCUUUGAGGAUAGCACAGCAUCAAGUGACGAAGUAGUGCCAGCCCUUUUUUGCAUCUAUCCUUUUCUUCCUUCGCACUUCCUUUUUUUUCCUCCAGGUCUCCAGGUUAGACAUACUCAUUCUCGGCAUCCUGCAAAUUUGCAACCAUUUAACAUUUUUAGUUCAUGUUCAGCUAGAAGUAUUAUAUUCUGAACAUGUUGAUCUACGGCAUCCUGAAAGAUUUGAGCAUUACUACAUGAGUAAUUUGAUUGGCGUAACUCAGUAAUCUUUAUUUCAGUCAAAUUCAGUGUUCCUCUCAGUCCUCUUCUUAGUCUCAAGUCCAUUUAGUUUUAGUCCUUCAGUUUUUCUUUAUGUAUGUCUUCAGUACUUGUCAUUUUUAGUUUGCAUUCCUCAGCUUAUAGUAUUGUUCAGUCAGUUCAGUUUAUAAGUUUUCAGACCCUUCUUUUCAGUCAUUUGUUGUUCUGAUUUUUUUAAGAUUUAAUUCAUCUUAGUUUCUUAGUCUCUUAACAUUUGUUUUUCUUAACGUUUGAUUUAGGUAUCUCAGUCCUGACAUUUUUUGCAGGCCUUUAGUCAUUAGUAUAUAUUCAGUUAUGUUCAGUUACUUUUUGUAUUAUUCAGUUUAAAUUUUGUUCAGUUUUUGUUCGUAUUAUCUCUUAGGUUUAUUUUUUCAGUCAUUAUUCAGCGUUCUUUCUUCAUUUCUCAUUAUUUUUACUCAUUCAUAUUUCCUCAGUUCAAUUCAAUGCUCUUCUUUUAGUCAUAGUUGCAUACUCGUUUUAUUGUUUGAUGCAGAGUUUUGGAUAUUCAGUCUCCGGAGUUUGAAGUUGAGCUUUGUAUGUUCACAGGAACCAUUUGAACUCUCUGUCAUGGCCUGAUGGAUUUGUGGGACGCUGGUAAGGAAGAUGAAGGUGUCCAAGCGUGGAGCAGGAAAGAAGCAUAACUGAACAUGGUUACAGGUUAAAUGCAUCUAGAAAAACUUGCUACUAUAUGUGAACUAAUCAAUUUUCAGGAUAAUACUAGAGAUCUUUUAAUGAUCUUACCUGCUAGUGCUACUACACGUGAACUCACAACAGCCUGCCAUUUUAAAACAUAUAAAUUGAUGUCUACAAGAAAGUUGCCUGCUUCUGAUCAGACAAGGACAGAAGGCCGGCUGCGACAACAAGAUGGAUAUGGUCUUUCUCAAAACCCUCUCUUUGCCUAUAUGUGCAGAAGCCGGCAGGCCGGCGGAUGGUUAAACUAACCAUGUGAAAUGUGAAGCUACGAUGGUUCCAAUUGACAGCAACUCGUACUGUACGAUGUACAUGUUGGCUUCACAUGGAAUGGAUGGAGUAGGAAAUGAGACAUCCUCUCCAAAUCCAAGAUAUUGUCACUGCACCAUCAGGAACAGCAUACACUCCACUAUGUUUGCCACACCGGAGGAGUUGUUGGGCCUCGCCGAGCCUGCACCAUUGUCCCCCUCCCUCUUCCUCGACCUUCCUCCAACGACCCAUGGUGACUCACAGAAUGACCUGGCCCUGGAAUACAUUUCGCGCGUGCUCACAGAGGAGGACAUCGUCGAUAAGUUCUUCUACCAGUACCCUGACCACCCGAAGCUCCUGCAGGCCGAGCAGCCCUUCGCCGAGAUCCUCGCCAACACCUCACCCGCCGCCGACCAGGACUCCUUUGCCGACUCCACCUCCAUAUUGAUGCCCAGCCAAGGAAACAACACAGACGUCAUGGUUUCCGGGUGCCAGGUACAGGAUCCAGCCUUAUUGAACUGCACAGGCACAGUGGAGCCCAAUAGUAUGGUGUUUCCCAGCGAGAGCAGCACCAGCAUGAACAUGCUAUCGAGUAUGAGUAUGGCUUUCUUCAAUGGCAUGGAGGACGCCAACAGGUUCUUGCCCGCAGAUGAUGUGAUGGUGGAUGGUAGGGGGCGUAAGAAGAGAUCUGACAUGGAUGGUGAGACCGAGGCGGGCUUGGGCAGGAGCAGCAAGCAAAUAGUUGUGAUGCUGCAUAGUGCCUUGGAGGAGGAGGAAGAGGAGGAAGCCACCGCGCUGGAGAUGUUGGACCGGCUCAUCCUCAACGGCUACGAAGCGUCCCCGAGCGAGAUGCAGGAGGUAGUACGUGUCACCUGGGAGGACAAGGAGGACAAGGCAGCACGGCAGAGCAUCUCCAGGCGUGGGAGGUGCGCGGCGAGGCAUACGAUGGUGACUGACCUAGAGACUCUGCUGACCCGCUGUGCAGAAGCAGUGGCCAGCAGCGACGUGUGUGGCGCGAGCAAGCUGCUGGAGCGGAUCAAGUGUCACUCAUCGCCGAGAGGGGACGCUAGGCAGCGGCUGGCGCACUACUUCGCCCAGGGGCUGGAGGCACGGCUGGCUGGCACGGGGAGCCGACUGUACCGAUCGCUCAUGGGGAAGCGCACCUCAGCCGUGGAGCUCAUCAGGGCCUACCAUCUGCACACGGCCGCGAGCUGUUCGAUCAAGGUGGGGUUGCUCUUUUCCACCAACACCAUCUACAAGGCCGUUGCAGGGAGGAGGAAACUGCACAUUGUGCACUACGGCAUCAGCACCGGGUUUCAGUGGCCGGACUUGCUCCGGUUACUGGCGAAUAGGGAGGGCGGGCCACCAGAAGUGAGGAUCACCGGCAUCAACACCCCUCAGCCCGGGCCCUGUCCGGCUGCACUAAUGGAGGAGGCAGGGCACCGGCUCAACAAUUACGCAAGUCAGUUUGGCGUGCCAUUCAAGUUCCGCGCCAUCGCAUCCAAGCUGGAGGAUGUCCGGGCUGAGGACCUGCACAUCGAUCCAGAUGAGGUCCUGGCCGUGAGCAGCCUAUACGAGUUCAGGACCUUGAUGGACGAGAGCCUCACCUCUGACAUGCUAAGCCCAAGGGACAUGGUACUCAACACUAUCAGGAAGAUGAGGCCGUCUGUGUUCGUCAGUUCCGUUGUCAAUGGACCUUACAGUGCGGCGUUCUUUAUGACGCGGUUCCGCCAUGCGCUCUACUACUUCUCGGCGUUGUUCGAUAUGAUGGAGACCACCGUUCCAUGGGACAGCGACAAGAGACUUCUGGUGGAGCAGGAGAUACUUGCACGGUCCGCCAUAAACAGGAUCGCAUGUGAAGGCGCAGACCGGGUGGAGCGCCCUCAGAACUACAAGGAGUGGCAGACGCGGAACCAGCGAGCGGGGCUAAGGCAGUUGCCAUUGGACCCUGAUAUUGUUAUGAUGCUCAAGGACGAAGUGAAGAAUCGGUACCACAAGCAUUUCAUGAUCUGCGAGGAUCACCGGUGGCUUCUACAAGGAUGGAAAGGCCGGGUGCUCUAUGCCCACUCCACAUGGGCAGCUGGUGAUGCUACUGGUUCUCUAGUGUGAUGGACUGAAGUACCGAUAGACGCAACUUCAUCAGUGUUUGAUGGUCUGUUGUAGUACCAGAUGUGUGUUUGCUCCUCUUUUGUAUCUGUAACUUAGUAACAGAACCAUUAUCAGAUUGUCUGAGUGGCCCCUGUUUGUUGAAAGCUGCUGUGAGCACACACAUAUCUGUUUAAUAAACAUGUAAAAUUGCCAUGACACUAUAUGGAAUCCCUGCAUGACAACAUCCUAAUAGUGCAUAUGCAUCAUAUCUGUCUACACAAAACAACAUCCUAAUAGCCAGUCAUAUGUGAACUGAGCAUAGAUCAGAUGGUUAGGUUCUUUGUGGUGAAACCAGCCCACCAGAGAUAAAGUCCUAGACUUGGCACCGGUGCUCGCUUUUCCUGGAUUUAUUUCAGGCUUUGUUCGUUCAGUUUUCAUAGUGCCUUUUGUGUCAGGUUGCAGAUUCAGUUUAUGCAGACUUAGCUCAUAGUGCUUUUUUUUUUGUUUAUUGAAUUCAGCGGGGUAAUGCGUAUGGCAUUUUAGCCAGUUUUCUAUGCUGAUUCAGUGGAUUAUGAGACCUACUCAAGUUUAUUUUCUCAUGAGAUGUAGUCAGUUCUAGGUAGAUUCAGUUUAGCGUACUUUCCUGGGAGGACAUUCAGUGUAUGUAUUGUUAUCUUCUUUCUCAGUAGCAGUCAGGGAGAAUUCCUCCAAUAUGUUAUGCCAUAAUAGUAUUUUUU